AUGCUCUUUUGCCCGUACUGCGCCAACAACCUCACCAUCGGCGACGGCGACGACACUCCGGACAAGUGCUGGAUCUGCCCCACAUGCCCGUACAAGUGGAUCAUCACGCAGCAAAUCAGCAUGCGCACGCACUUGUCGCGUAAGCAGGUCGACGACGUGCUCGGCGGUGACGAGGCUUGGGCCAAUGUCGACCAGACCGACAUCGACUGCCCCAAGUGCGACGACUCGCGCCGCGCCUACUUCCGUCAGCUUCAGAUCCGAUCGGCAGACGAGCCGAUGACGACGUUCUACAAGUGCGUCGGCUGCUCCUGGCAGUGGAGGGAAAACUAG